AUGCGGGGCUCAUGGAAAAUGUACCUUUACGGCAUUGCGCCAUGCACAGGCGGCGUGGCCUUUGGCUAUGAUACCGGCUCGAUGAGCGGUAUCCUGGUCAUGCCACAAUUCCUAUCCUAUAUGAAUCAUCCUGGAGACUUCCUCCAAGGCGGAAUAACGGCAUCUAUCCAGGCAGGUUCUUUUGCCGGAUCGUUGCUCACCGGCGCAUUCUUGGCGGAUCGACUGGGCCGUCGUAACACCAUUCUUCUGGGUUCCGCCAUUUUCACUAUCGGCGUUGCCAUCUCUUGUGCCGCCAAUAAUGUGAUUGCACUUAUCGCCGGGCGUGUGAUAAAUGGAUUGGGCAACGGGUGCCUGGCAAUGAUGGUUCCACUAUACCAGAGUGAGAUUGCACCAGCUCAAAUCCGUGGUCGCAUCGUUUCUCUCCAACAAUGUUGUAUCAACUUUGGUAUUCUCGUCGCGUUCUGGAUCCAAUACGGAACAAGUUUCCUUUCUGGCAACGCAUCGUGGCGCCUAGCUCUUGGUCUUCAAAUGAUUCCGACAGUCUCACUUCACAUUACGAUGUGGUUUAUGCCUGAAUCGCCCCGUUGGUUGGCUCAGCGGGACGAACAUGAGAAAGCAUUGACAGCACUGGCUCAGAUGCAUUCAAAUGGAGAUAUCAACGAUCCGUUUGUUCAGGCAGAGAUGGCUGAAAUCGAGGCUAAAAUUCAGUGGGAGAGACAAAACUCGUCCCCAGGCUAUAUUGAGAUGCUUAUUGGACGGGAUCGUCGUCGAACAUGGCUGGGUAUCGGUGUGCAAUUCUGGCAACAAGUAACUGGUAUUAAUGUAAUCAUGUACUACGCGGUCUUCUUGUUCCAGCAAGCUGGUAUUAGCGAAACCAAGGGAUCAUUACUGGCCAACGGUAUUCAAGGUGUCGUGCUGAAUGUCUUCACCUGGCCCAACAUGUUUUAUAUGGAUACCUGGGGCCGCCGGACACCGAUGGUGAUUGGCGGUGUUGGCAUGGGCAUCUCUAUGAUGUUGAUUGGAACAAUCAUGAAGACAAAAGGGAGCCCGGUAUUCAACCCUCUUACGCAAAAGACGAACUUCCACUUCAGCAGCCAAUCCGCGUCAAAUGCCACGAUCGCUUUUGUUUAUGUCUAUGUCAUGACCUUCGCUCUGACAUGGGCUUGUGUCGCUUGGGUUUAUCCUCCUGAGCUAUUCACAACGGGCUCACGUGGACGUGGAACAUCCAUGACAUCGGCGACAAAUUGGUUUGUGAACUUCUGGUUUGCUCUCUACAUUCCGACGGCGAUGAACAAGAUUUCCUGGAAACUCUACAUGAUUUUCAUGACCAUAUGCUUUACCAUGGCUAUCGUGGUAUAUAUUUUCUAUCCGGAAACCGCUCAGAAAACCCUCGAAGAAGUGGAUUUCCUGUUCGACAAAAGUCGAACUGCGUGGGUAUUCCGCGAUCGGCAGGCUUGCAAAGUAGGCGCCAUCUUCGACCGUGACAUGUCCCGUGGAGAAGCUCUCACAGAGUUCAAUGGUAAAGGCACAGGUGCCACUCAAUUUGCCCAUGUCGAGUUCGGCGAAGUGAGCACUACCUCUAAUCUAGCAUAA